AGAAACCAGGUUAAAUUCCGUUUUAUCCUUUCUGACUGCAGACUCCUACUCGACAAAAUUCUCUCUCUCUCUCUCUCUCUCUCUCUCAGGAACCAAAAGUUCAUGCAAUUCGCUCGUGAUCGUUGAUUUCUCAGGGUUUUCAGUUUCUGGGUAUUCGUUUUCCCGUCGCAGUUUCAUCUGAAUUUCUGCAGUUUAGUGGUGCCACCUUUAUCUUGGAGCUGGAUUUGAAAUCUCUGGACGCAUUCACUAUCAAUUUCAACGUAUGAUCACUAUGGAAGCUAAGGGUAUAACCUGGGUUGAAGAUAUAUACCACAAGUUUGAAGCAAUGUGCUUGGAGGUGGAAGAAGUUGUGUGUGAGGACACAGUUAAAUAUGUUGAAAAUCAGGUGCAAACAGUUGGCGCAACCGUCAAAAAGUUCUACUCUGAUGUCAUUCAAGAUUUGGUUCCUCCUUUAGAUCUCAUUGAGCUUCCCUCAGCUGAUUUGUCUCUUAACCAAUGUGGUGAUUUUGGGGUCUAUAAGACACCAGAAGCAAGCAUCAAUGCGCCAAUGUGCCAUGAAAUAGCUGAUAAUCAUGAAUCAUGUGACCAGAUAAGUAGGACAUCAUACCCAGAUACCAUUGGAGACAUGGGAGGUGACAUGAGAGUAGGAGAGACCUUUUGUAACGAUGCUGUUCACUCUUCUGUGUCUAUUGCUGACUCUUCAAUUGAAAACCCAACUGAUAUGAUUUUACCGGUUGAACCUCGUGAGACAAAAGAAACAGAACUGAGAAGCAGUUACUCCAUUGAUAGGCCUGGUGGGGUUUCCGCAGAAUCAAAUGGCACGUGCAAAAAUAGUGGAGGGAUUUUCCUGGAAGAGUUAAAUGCUGGUGGUGAUCCACUAAAUGAGGACGACAGGGCGUCUUGUAGAGGAAGAUCAGGUGAAUGGGAUUCGAAUUCGAAUAUGAUUGACAAUUGUGGUUCGGUUGAGAUUGGGAUAGAUACCAUUAAGCAAAUUGAACACUCGAAGCUGGAGGAAACUUGUAUCCUGGUGGACAGAGACCAACUUCGCCUUAAUCCUAGUAGGCAAGAUAAACCUAGGUCAUAUAAGAAAAAGAUUCGGAAAGCUUUCUUGUCAAAAAGUUCAGCAAGGAAGCACGAGUACGAGCAGCUUGCAGCUCAAUAUGAAAACGUGGAAACAGGAUCAAACCAUAUAGUUGUGGAGAGUAUGAUGCCUACUCUUUCCGGGGAUGCAAAUAAAAGUAACUUACCGGCUCAUGAUUUUUGUGAAUCCGAGUGGGAGCUUCUCUAAAUUCCGAUUAGUAUUUUAGUGGGCAACUGUGAAUAAACACUCGUCUUGUCUAUUUAUUUUCUCGCGCAAAUAAUUACAUUGAAAUUGGUAAAAUUGCCAAAUGCCCCGGGUUUUUUUUUUUUUUUUAUCAAAAAAUUCUUAGUUUGCGAAACCCCUUGCGUUGAUGAUGGAUGACUUGUUACAUACAGCUUUUUCAUGUAUUGUGCUAUCGCAUUUCAAGGUUUUACCUUCUGGUCAUUGUCAUUGUAUGUAGUUGCUGGCUGUUAAUGUUAUCGUCAAGGCCUUUCUGGUGGCAUUUGGUUUA